CCUUAUUGAGAGAAUGUGUUUGGGUGAGCGCGAAGCGCACACCCAUCACAAUGUCAGACGUUGUGGAAGCUGUAGCAUUAUUUAAAAAGAAAAAGGGCGUUAUAACUAUUCGUGAUAGGCUGAAAUGGACAGAAGUUGGUCAAACGCAACCAGCAAUUGAUAUUUCCUUCGAUUCAAUUGCCAACCUCCAAACAACACCAGCGACUUCUGCAAAGAUUAUGAUACGUGUUUUUAUUGUGGUUAAGGAAGGAACAGAACCUAAACCACUGGUCUUUAAUUUUACAAAUCUACCAAAUGGAAGAGAACACUGUGACACAAUCACGACAGAACUGCAGAAGGCUGUUACUCGACAAAGAGAUGUACAACAAGCAGGAGGCUCUGCACCAGAGGGAACCAAACUUCGAUUAGAGGAAGAUAUAGACUUACAAGAAUCAUUGCUGACGAAGAAUCCUGAGCUUCUGCAAACCUUUAAGGAGGUUGUUAUGAAAGGACAUCUCACAAAUGAGCAGUUUUGGAGUACACGGUUGCAUCUUUUGCGUGCGCAUGCUGUUGAAAAGGCCCAACAACGAGGACCUUAUAAUGUUCUCGCUACCAUUAAACCGAAAACUGUUGACAAUCAACUCAAAGUCUCACUCACACGCCCGCAAAUUCAUGACAUGUUUGAUCAACACCCACUAUUGAAGCUGGUCUACGACAAACAUGUUCCUCCCUUGACAGAAGGCGAGUUUUGGAGUCGGUUCUUCCUGUCUAAACUAUGCAAGAAGCUCCGAGGAGACAGAAUUACGGCAAUGGAUGCUUCUGAUGAUAUUAUGGAUCAGUACUUGAAAGUUGAUCCACUUGAAAAUAAGGUGACGAAUGACAUUGCUGUCUCACAUGUUUUGGACAUUGAGGGAAAUGAUCAGAAUGCAAAUUACGUCGCUCAACUCGUUCCUGAUGUCACGAUGCGAGUUGACUCUUCUACUGUUCCCUUGAUGCGAAAUAUUAACGGUUUAUCACAAAGAUUAUUACAGAAAAGUAUUUCAAAACGAGUCAUUGACACGGAAAAUCAGUAUUUGGAGGAGUCUUCUCUUCACGAUUUGGCGGAGGAUGUUCCAAAAACGCAAUCCCUUCUUAAAAUUGAAGAUCAGAAUCGUUUCUUUGAAACCGGAAUUGCCCCCAAGCGUGAAGAAAUUCAAGGAUCGCUUCCAUCAUUAGAGGAGGCGAAACGUAUAUUUCCGACAGGUAAAUUCGAGCUGUAUACAGUGCCACGAGAUGACAAGGCUUUAAGUGAAGCCGCCAUGAACAUUACUAUUGCGCUUCGUAAAAAGAUCGAGUUUCGCACCCAGGGAGCAGAACCCGAUUUACCAAAAAAUGUUAAAGAUGAAAUGGUUAUGUGUCACGCGGCUACAGUUGAAUUCUUGCACCAGUUCUGGUUAGCAUAUUAUUCUGAAAAAGACUCUAAAGAGGAAAUGUCUUCGUUAGCGCAAGCAUUGCAAAAGACGAAUGCCCGGAUGGGAACUGUUUUAAAGAUGGCAAUAGAUGCCGGAAAAGAUCCGAAUAUUGUUCGACAAGCAUUAUCAUCAACUAACGAAUCGGUAAAACACGCGCUUGCUUGUUAUCAAAGUCGUCUGCAAAACAGUGGUUAAGCGUGCUAUUUUGUAGUGGAAAUGAGGAACUGUUACUUGAUAUCAAUAUUUGUUAAACUACUUGGACAACAACAUAGAAUCAUGGGGAAUGCCUAUUCGGGGAGUACAUACAAUUUUGUUUCUAAUAUAAUUUAUUGUUCAUGAAGUUCAAAACUGCCCAAGCUUUCGUCGGCUCUUCUCUUAAAACUACUACUGCUCAAAACCCCCAAUGAGUUAAGAUAUGACUGGUGUCUAGAGGAACAAAAGUCUGUAGAAUGUUACAUAUAGUAAAAAAGACGGCUUUAAGGUA